AUGCCCCGAGAAGCAGAGCCUUCUCUCAACGAGAAGGCGUUCGUUACGCAGGCCCUCCAAGAGCACCUCCGGCUGGACAAUCGCAGUUUCGACGACUAUCGGCCGAUCGAGCUCACCUUUGGGGAUGAGUAUGGCACGGCUGAGGUCAGGCUGGGCAAAACGAGAGUCCUCGCCAGAACCUCAGCCGAAGUCACAGUUCCGUACCCAGACCGGCCCUUCGAUGGCGUGUUCAACAUCGUGACCGAGCUCAGCCCCAUGACCUCACCCGCGUUCGAGGUCAACCGUCCCACCGAGACCGAGGUGCUCCUCUCGCGCACCCUCGAGAAAACCGUGCGGCGCUCAGGCGCUCUAGACGUCGAGUCGCUGUGUCUGGUCGCUGGGCAAAAGUGCUGGUCUAUCCGCGUCGACCUGCACGUUCUCUCACACGACGGCAACCUGACGGACGCGUCGUGCCUGGCGGCGGUCGCGGCGCUGCGUCACUUCCGCAAGCCCGACACGGGCAUGGAGGGCGAGGUGCUGACCGUGUACACACCCGCCGAGAGGGAGCCUGUGCCGCUGAGCUGGCUGCACUCGCCGUUCUGCGUCACCUUCAGCUUCUUUGGGGAUGAGGCUGAGACGGCGCUCGUGGACGCGAGCUGGAUCGAGGAGCAGGUGCGCGUCGGGAGCUGCACCGUCAGCCUCAACAGGCACGGCGAGAUCUGCCAGAUCUCCAAGCUGGGCGGGACCCCGACCGAGGCGGUCGCCCUGUUGCAGUGCACGAAUGUGGCGCUGACCAAGGCCAAGGAAUUUUCGACGCUGGUGGACCAGAAGCUUGCGGAGGACGUCAAGAGGAGAGACAAGGGAGGCCUGAUUGCGGAGCUGUUACAAGAAGGCUUAGACAAAGAAAUGAAUUCAUGA